UAUGCUGCUUGGAGGGCGCUCGCAGUCCUAUCUGAAAAGAGCCCCAACUAGAAUCUCGUAAGCCAUGCGACUGCGGUGUCCAGAGAGAAAGGGUGGUACGUUUUGAAGCUGAAUCCAAUCAAGGUCACUAUGUUCUCUCUUUAACUGGACCAGCCGCUGCCAUUCCUCAGGAGUCCAGCGCCUUCCCAUACAAGGUCGUUUUCUCGGGCGCCCUCUCCGCCUGGGAGCUCUUGCAUUGUGCUCCAUGGUCAAAUAAGUCUUGGCGCAGGACAAGAAAAGGGAUUCAGAACUGGUAGUGGAAAAGAAUGAGAGCGAUGGUUCUUUGAUGAGAGGCGGACAAAUGGACUUGGCCCGGUUUUCGGAAGAAAGGACCAGACAAAGUACUGCUCAAGGUGCAAAAAGAGCUGGAGAUUGGUCAACGAGGCCUAGUGAAGGGAGCACACUUUCUCCAUGCACGUACGCGGCUGAAUGCGCGGGCUUCCAGCAUCUGUGAUACCUCCAAUGGCGGGCAAACGUACAUACGGAGUCAAAACGCAGGACUGUUGUCCCAGUGUUGAUCGUUAGUGGGCAAGACACCGUGACCCAAAUUCUCUUGUAUCCGUCUGACUACCCCUUUGUCCCAAACUUGAAUUCCAGAGUCGAGUAUCUGGGGAAUUAUCGCGGCAAGAGGCCCUGUUAAUGAUUUGGUUGAUUUCUCAGAUGAUCAGAUGAAUCCAGGUCCCCUCUUGAAGUCUGCAUCUCUCACCGAACGAUGGAACCCAGCGGGUAGCGGCCCGACGCGGACGAUCGCGAAAUCGGAUAAGGGGAGAUGGGGCAACAGUACCGUGGGCCGGAGAAUACUGAGAAAGGGACAAGGUGCCGGGUGGGAGAAUGCAGCGAUCCUGUUCGCGAGGUUCACCGGGUAAGAAAAGGGCCAUGGUGAAGUGUGUGUCGUUCGAAGAAGCUACCUAGAAGCUAUUGUGGAGCGGAGCGACCGUGCUGAAAUGCGAUUUGUAGCCUCAGGCACAAUGCUGACAGAUCCUGAUCGGGCCAAAGAUACUGUGAUGAAGGCGCGAAGGACCGCCGGCCAACCUCAAUAAACCUCCACCUCUCGCUUGCAGUCUUUUGCACCUUCAGCACAUCCUUGCCAUCAUGCAAUCGAUAAGGCAGCAGUUCGAUUGAGACAGUUCUUUCUGUAUAUCUUCAAAGCCCUUCCACAAUACAGACAGCUACCCAAGCACCAUGAUGGCGGCUCGCAAGUGUUGUGCUUCGUGAACGAGCUCGGAAUCCCGCCCUCGAGAAACAGCGAAUCAUGAUCAGCAAUGGAUGGCAGACCAGAAAGCGUUCAGAUUAUCCACGGGUGAGAUGACUGAACGAGAAGACAUGAGCGUUCGUCUCCGUGGCGAUAACAACACUGUGGUGGCGCUAUACGUUGAAAAUUGUCAUCUUUAUAUAUGAGCCCUGCCAAUGUAACUAAUGCACAUACACGACUGCCCGCGCCCUUCGCCUUGGGCGACUCGGCCCGACUCCGGUGACCAACAACCGACCCCGCGCGAGAUCAUCAGCGGGGAACCCCGCAUCGUCGCGACAGCAGCUAAACGAAAGCAUACACAUCCCGAGGUUCUCAUCAAAUAUAAUCGUCUGGCCGCGGUUGUUGCUCUGAGUACUUAUGCAGAUGCGGCACUCUCCGCUAGCAUGCAGAUGGCUGAGGAUGUGACGUACGCUUACGAAGACGGCUAUUCUAAAUUUUUAAGCAGUCCAUCGUCUGCUUUACUUAUACUCAGCAUACCUAUUUUCCGAGAGAAAGUCCUCUGGUUUAUGUGCAUCUCGCCAAAAUGACUGAACCGUCACCCGGCCCCCUCCUCUCCAAAAUAACCAGCUACGCCGCGGCCGUCCCACCCUCCGACGUAACAGGCUACGCGAUCCCCUCAACACCGCUAGGCUCACUGCGCCCCCUCCGAAUAAUCGUAAUCGGCUUCGGCGCCGGCGGAAUAAACCUCGCACACAUCUUCAGCCAACCGCGGCACAAAAACAUCAGCAUCCAAUGCUACGAGAAGAACCCGGAAGUCGGCGGGACGUGGUACGAGAACAGAUACCCCGGUUGCGCGUGCGAUAUCCCGUCUGUGAACUAUCAGUUCUCGUGGCACCCGAAGCCGGAUUGGUCGAGGUAUUAUGCGGGGAGUGAGGAGAUUCUGGAGUACUUUAAGGAUGUGGUCAGAACGCAUGAUUUAGGGAAGUUUGUCAAGCUCAGUCAUAGUGUUGUGGGGGCUUGGUGGGAUGAGCAUAGGGGGAAGUGGAGGGUUAGAGUUCAGCCGGGUGAAGAGGGGACAGAGGCUUUUGAGGAUGAGGGCGAUGUCUUGAUAAAUGCGACGGGGGUGCUGAACAACUGGAAGUGGCCGCAGGUCCCGGGGGUCGAGAAAUUCGAAAAGAAACUCCAUAGCGCGAGCUGGGAUACCUCAAUCGAGUUGGAAGACAAAGUCGUCGGCGUGAUCGGCAACGGAAGCAGCGCCGUGCAAAUAAUCCCAGCAAUCCUCCCGAAAGUCAAAGAACUAAAGGCCUUCAUGCGAUCACCCACAUGGAUAACGGCGGGAUUCGCGCAAAAGUACGCCGGCGAGAACGGGGCGAAUUUCGACUACAGCGAGGAACAAAAGCAGAAGUUUAGAGACGAUCCGGCCGAGUAUUUGCAUUAUCGAAAAAUGGUCGAGGAGGAGUUGAACCAGCGGUUCAAAUUUAUCAUCAAUGGGACACCAGCACAGAAAGAGGCGCUCGCUUUCGCACAGGCAGAAAUGACGCGCAAGUUGAAUGGGCGUGAGGAUCUUGUUUCGAAGCUCGUUCCUACCGAUUAUGCUGUUGGGUGUCGUAGGCCGACGCCGGGGAAUGGGUUUCUGGAAUGCAUUACUGAUGAGAAGUGCUCUGUUACGUUUGAGAGCAUCACGGAGGUUACAGAAACAGGCAUCAUCACGCAAGAUGGGGUACAUCACGAUAUGGACGUCCUAGUCUGCGCGACAGGAUUCGAUGUCAGCUUCAAACCGAAAUUCCCUAUCGUCGGGAAGAGUGGUCUAGAGCUGAAAGACGCAUGGGCCAAGCAGCCAGACACAUACCUCAGCGCGGCAAUCCCUCAAUUCCCCAACUACUUCAUGAUAAACGGCCCCUUCGGCCCGUACGGCCACGGCUCAAUCCUGCCCAUAAUCGAAAUCAUCACGCGCUACAUUGAAAAGUUCCUCACUAAGCUCGCCCGCGAGAAUAUCAAGAGUUUUUACCCAAAUCAAGAAGCCGUCGACGACUUUCGACGGCACCGUGAACUCUUCCUUCUCCGGACGGCGUGGAGCUCGCCGUGUCGGUCGUGGUUCAAGGGUGGGACGGUCGAUGGGCCGAUUCUCAUGUGGCCCGGAAGUCGGUUGCAUUUUUUUGAGGCGUUGGCGGAGCCGAGGUUUGAGGAUUAUGAGUGGGAGUAUCGAUUAAAUAAUCGAUUUUCGUACUUUGGAAACGGAUUCAGCCAGAGAGAGAUUGAUGGGGAUAAUAUUACGUGGUAUAUUGAUGGUGUGUAAGUCGGAAAGUCAACUCAUGUCCAGUAACUUCCAAGCUUAGUUGAAUGGUGUCUCCGGCGCGCUUUACUGUCCUUGCAUUGACGAGACUACCGUCGUGAUAGACGCCGUAAUCUCCAGCCCGGAGAUUAUGGAAGGUUGGUC